AUGGAGUACGAUCUCCUCCUCAUCAUCGAUGCGACGUCCUCCAUGUACAGCUACCUCGAGGCACUCAGAAUUGCCCUGCCCCAGGUAGUCUCCAUAUCCGCCAUAACAGGAUGCUUCUCGCGCUGUGGUCUCCUUGCAUACCGCGACUACGAUCAAGGAGAGAGUACGUUACUGGAAUGGUCCGGAUGGCAGGAAAACGGGCACAACGAAGAGGGAGAUGAGAGCCAGCCCGAUAUUCUGGCAUUAGCCAGGUCUCUCAAACAAUUCGGUGGAGCUGACAGUCCAGAGGCAACGAAGACAGCACUGGCCAAGGCAUAUGAAGUGAUGCGUCCCGAGACGAAGACCAUUAUCUUGCUGUAUACAGAUGCACCUCCUCAUACCACUGUCAACGAAAAUAUCGAUUGUCAUAUCGGUUAUCGGCGUUCAAAUACCCAAAUGGAACGUGACGCUCUUGAAAACCCGGACGCCUAUGGCGGUUAUGGGCCCAAAUUUGUCGACUGGGUGUCGGCGUGUAAUGAGCUACGAUAUGGGCCAAAGAAGGCACACGUUUUUUCCAUCGUGGAGAAGUUCAUAACUCCAGGCGUGGUUGGCUACUACACCUUUCUUUCAACGACAACGGGCGGAGCAUGCAUCGUACUCGACUGCACAGAGCCGUCGGACAUUGCGAGGAUGACGGUUGACAUCCUGCUGGCGUGGAUGGGCGUGGCAAAGACUGGUUCGUUCAAUCUCGAUCCUCCACCGGCGCGUCUCGCCCGCUACAAAACUACCGAUGAUAUAAAAGAUCUCACGGAUGAGAAUGACAAGAGGGGUUUUAAGUUCUUUCCGGUCCCGGGUUCGGGAAAAGAUGUCCAAACAGCAUUCUUAACUAACGUAUUUUUCACCCUAAUGAUAACGGAUACCGUGCAGAAGUAUCUGCCCAAGAAAGACAUCCCUCUGGCCGAUUUUGCAAUGGCCUAUUCAACCGAUGCCACAUAUCGCCAGCUCGUGGUCAAACACCUGAAACGCAUCAUAGAUAAUGACGUACGAGCCAUCGCGUUGAAUCCCGUGUUCGGAAGCCUCUGGAGGAUAUUCUGCAAGGACAGACAGAACAAUUCUCGCCACGAGGUCAUCAACGCAUUCAGCGUUCAAGUCGACCGAAUUGCAGAUGCAGGUGACAGGACCGCCAUGAAGGGCUGGUUGGAAGCCUCGUAUGACUACACUCAGGAAGUCCUGGAUAUCAUUGCUCGCGUUCCGGAGGACAAUCGAUUCCCAUGUGUGUGUCUCGACCCAACUCUCAGCUUCAGUCACGCAGACGCCAGGCAGCUCGACGACAACGAAGACGACGAUACCAACAAACCCAUCUCACAGUUCACCCGGAAGGAGCUGCUGGAGAUUGGUAGAUCUUGUGAUUCAAAGAUCCUCAGACGUCUCUCUCGUGUUUUAACGCGGCUGACCUACAUUGAAAGCGAGGCUGAUAUGCCCGAACAUCUCGCCAUGACCGGUAACGAGGAGAUCCCAAAGAUUCCAACUAUCCUGGCAACCGACCAGUUCGAUCAUAAGUUCUGGGAGGUUCUCUUGCAUCUUGUUGUUCCAGGUACAUUUCUAUCGGCCCGUCCUGCAGCCCUUCUCGCAGCCUUGGGUCUGAAGCUUGGUAUCGCACCUCUGUUCCAUGCAGCUGAACGGAAAAUGCUAAGUUUCCGUGAUAAGUGGAAUAACAUUAAAACGCCCGAGAAUUGGAAUGUCUCGUGUUUGUCUCUUCUCCUAGAUGCUGAUAGCGCGUACCGCAGUCGACUGGAGGAGUCUGGAUCUCUGUCCCAGGACGGACAAGCUCCCGCGAAUUUGUCUACUCUCAUCAAGCCCAGCGACAGGAAGCUAUUUGAGCAUUUAAUAGCAUACCGAGUGCUGGAACUCAACAUGGACAGUCAAUUAACCGCCCGUAUCGGUUGGAAACCAGCGAAGACCUCCGUGCCCGUUGGAUUUUUGGUUACCUGCCGGUCCUGUCAGUAUCCCAGAUCAGUCACUAUCAUGGGCCCUAACAAGCAGUGCGGUAUUUGCCUCAGCACUGAGCCCGAGGUCCGUGAGAAGGUAAAGCACAUUCGUGUUUCAAGGGAUGAUACUGAAGCCACUCAUGCAGCGUGGGUUGAGUGCGGUGUAGCAACUUGUCGAGCACAGUAUGUUGUCUACAAUCCGGAGGCAUUAAAAACCAACUCUAAAUGCCAUUACUGCCGAAAUGACAAUGACCGGAAUCAUCCCAACCGUGCUCCUUGGGUUGAAUGCCAGAGAUGCUUGAACCGCAUUAUCUGGCCCGAAGAAUACCGGCCUUUCGCCUUCGACCAGUCCAGCUUCGUUUGUGUCCACUGCGUUUCCGGUGUCGAGACAAUCCAAGACAUGGAAAUCACGGCGAAAGAGCUCUGCACUGAAAACGGGCCGAAAUGGCUUAUAUAUGAUUCCAGAAAGCCGGAUACCAUUCCAUUUAUUAACCACUCGCUCUUCGGUACAAUCUCGGCCAUUGGAACGGAUUCAUUCGUCUCUCAGAUGCAUAUCUUCCCGACAGCGGACGCCUCCCUAAAGUUGCAGGGAAAACCGAUUCUAAAUACCCUAUCGCUCAUAUCAAAUCUGAAAGAUCGUGUAUCCCGUCGCGAAACCGCCAGAACGCAUUGCUCGCUCUGUUUCUCGACCUUCCACCCCACCGCUCUCAACCCUGCCUGUGGCCGUCGCGGCUGCAAGCAGCGAAUCUGCAAGGACUGCUUGUCAUCCUGGUACGGACUCAACGAGCCCGGCACGAUAAUCAACACAGCAGCCCUGUCAUGUCCCUUCUGUCGACGUCUGCCGUCCGGACGGACGUUGGCAAAGUACGGCAUGGGCGUCUACGCAGUUGGCAAUCUGGUUGAUGCGGUCCGAGACAAGGGAACAUGGAUCUACGCCUGGUGCGAGACAUGUUCGUUCGCCAGACAAUUCAUGGAGCGUGUGUGCGCGCGUGGAACGCCGACAGACGUGUCGAAUUGGACCUGCGAGAUCUGCCGGGCAGAGCAGGAGAGGCUGGAUAAUCGCCGUGUGCAGGGGAUUAAACCGUGUCCUGGCUGCGGGACAAUGACGGAGAAGAUUUCGGGAUGUGGACACAUCCAGUGUACGGUGGAGGGGUGCAAGAAGCACUGGUGUUAUUUCUGUGGGAAUGCGUUUGACAGUGAUUCCAUUUACGUGCAUAUGAAUCGCGUGCAUAAUGGGAUUUACGAUGAGGAUGCAAAGUAUGAGAGUGAUUAA